UUCAUUUCUUCAGAACUGCAUUGAAAAGAGCUCAUAUCUGCUCUGAGAAAUCUUCCUAACAACCAACCUCCAUCUGUGAUAUUCAUAUUUCGGGAUAUUUUAUCAGUGAUCAGCAACUCAUCAAGUCACAUAAACUGACUAUAAACAGCAGCAGAAUGAAUCGUUUGGAUUGUCUAACUGAAGAGGAGAUGAUUACGUUUUUUCGCUUCAAUAAGACGCGAAUCUCUUGUAUCGAGGAACCCCAGACCUUCCUUACCCAGCUCCGAGACCGUGACCUGGUACCCGAGGAGCUCUACGGGAAGGUGAUGAACAUGAAAAUUAAGAAGAUAAUACAGAAAGGACUGUAUGAUAUAUUAGACUGGGUGGAAACUAAUCGAGGGCAUUGUAUAAAGCAGUUUUGGAGUUCUGUGUUUGAGGAUCACAUCAUGCAGAAAUAUCCUGUUUUCCACACGCUCCAAAAAAAACUUUUUAAUGAGACCAAAAAGGGGAAUAGUGAAGUUGCGAGAGGGGAUAAGAAGCUAGCGCAAAAGAAGAGUGCAACAAAGAGAAAGAAAUGUGGUGAAGAGACAGGUGAAGAUAAAUCUGGAGCUUCUUCAGUGACCAGCAAGAAGAAACAAGCCAAGGAGCCUAAAACCUGUCCACUGUUAAAGGCUGGAACACCUCCAGUUACCGGCGGAGAUAAAAAAGGUAAAAAAGAAGAAAAACAGGACAGGUUCCCAGAACCUGGACCUUCCUCACUGACCAGCAAAAAGAAACAAGCCAAGACGCCUAAAAUCUGCGAGGAGCAUAUUCUGUUCCAGAACAUGUCCCCAGAACCUGGAACAUCCUCAUUGUCCAGCAAGAAGAAAUCAGCCAAGAAGCCUGAAGCAAAUAUAUUGACAAAGACCAGUGAGACUCUUCUGUUAAAAAGCGAACCACUUCUAGUUACCUGCGGAGAUAAAACAGGCACACUGUAUCCAGAUGAACUUGCUAAAGGGGAAGGGUGUGUCCUGUCUGAGGGCCGCUGGUUUACUCCAAAUGACUUUUUGAGAUUUUCAGGAAAAGGAAGUAGCAAUAACUGGAAAAAGGCAAUCCGCUACCAAAACGCUCCACUUCUGAAACUGUUUAAGGAGGGUCAUUUGCCGUGGCCAGACAACAGAUUCAGGGGUCAGAAGUCUGUAAGCUUUGGCAGUACAGAAAGCUCCAGCUUGAGGACUGAGCCUUGCGACAAAGUAAAGAGGGAGGAGAAUGAGGAUGAUGUGUGCUGCAUUUGUCAUUUAAAGAAUGAUCUGGUGUUCUGUUAUGGGUGUCUACAAGAUUUUCACCAUUACUGCCACUUACCCACUCUACAGGAGAACACAGUUGGGGAUAAGUGGAUUUGUACUUUCUGUGUGUUUAAUGCUAACCAAGAAAUUUGGAUUCCCAAGAGCAAGAAAGACGCUUUAAGCAGUCCUUUUACCGACAAUAUCCUGCAGUGUCAAUACUUGCUGUUGCGCUUGUAUAAGGCAGAUACAGAUCGUGUGUUCACUUCCAACCCUUCUGAUGCGGUGCCAGGAUACAGGAAUGUAAUCUCCAACCCCAUGUGGCUGGGCAAAGUGAGGACCAAAAUGGAGAAAGACAAGUACAAGACAGUGAAACAGUUUGUGCUUGACAUCCAACUUAUCUUCAAAAACUGCCAAACAUUUUACAAGGAUAAUAUGUAUGGCAAGAAAGGAGCCGAAAUGAAAGAGAUGUUUGAUGAGGAUUUUAACACCGUCUUUAAAAUCUUGUAGCAUUUCUAAGUUACUAAUCAUCUAACCAUUUAACCAAACGAACCAUUUCUGUUCGUUUAUUAUUGUUUUACGACACAGGUCUUUUAGUGAAAUAGAUUCCAAAUUUCAGGAAGAACUAAUACUUCAUUCUCAAAAAUUUCACCUAGAAAAUUCAGGCUAAGAUAUAUAUUUCAUGAUAUAUUAUACAGACCUUUUACAUUUCACAUACAUUUAUAAUGCCAUAUAUAUAUGUGUGUUUUACAUAUAUGUAUGUACUUAUAUCUUUUUAAUACUUGUGUUUCAACUUGGAGAUCUUUGCUUUUUUAUUUUUACUGCUCUACUUCCAAGCCAUGCCUUUUACAAUACUGAAAUACAGUAUAUGAUCUGCUGCUGUAUCAGAUUGUAUGUUUACUUAGAUUUGCUUUUUAGUAAUAUAACCUUAGCAAAUAUCCACUGCUACCAUACAGGAUGCUAAUAUUGGAAUAUUUUGUUACAAAGAACCAGUAAUGUUUUACAGUACCAACUCAAAUGCCUCAAAAAUCUUAAAACUUAACUUGAGCAUGUAUUGAGCAGCUGCUAGAGUAAGUUUGAUGUAAGCAUAUGUAAUAAAUGUGUUUUGAGUAUUGGUUUAUUGAGUGUUGAAUAUUAGGUUUAGAGAAAAAGGCUCAUUAGUGGCUUUUUAUUGUUUACGAUUUUUGAUCUUCUGUGUGCUCACUUUGCAUUUUGUAUACUGAUCAAAAUAAACAAUAUACUGGAAGCA